CAGAUGAAUUCAAACCACCCACCUAUAAUGGUAAAUUCAAAUACACAAUAAACGAACCGACGCCGGGUCAAGAGUAUAAUAGCCCACAAAAGAGCAUUACAAUCGACUAUACUUUUGAAAGAAAAUUACCAAAUGAAAUCACUUUAUUGGAUAUUUAUAUGCUAACUAGUAGGAAUGAAACGAUUAAAACUCUUAUAAAGAAUGCUAAUACAACUGAAGGCAAUCAUCGUUUUACAGAAGAUUUCCCGGAUCAAUUGCCGUGUGAUACUUAUAUUAUUAGAUUCAAUGAG